UCAAAGCAAUACCAUCUUCCAUAUAUAAAGAAUAUUUGACAAAUAGGAGUUAUUCCGUAUUAUUCCUCAUACUGAAAGAUGCCGAAACAUAUACCCAAAAUAUGCAAGGAGUUUACAGAAUAUACCUCCAUGCACGGAAUCGGCCGUUUUGGAAGUGCCCAGUUCCUGAUUCAAAAGAUUCUGUGGAUGUUGCUGUUUUGCGCAUGCAUUGCGUACUGUCUGUUUCAGACCUACAGCCUCUACGUGCAAUUUCAAUCAGAACCCACGAACACUUUGAUGAAACAGAGUUACGGAGAAAUCGAAUUUCCAAAGGUUUCCUUCUGCAAUCUCAAUCCUAUGAAGUUUUCAAAAAUGUUGGAAAAUGAAAAGCUUUUCCAAAUUAUCAAUGAAACAGCCACAAAGAAUCAAGUUGAAUUAACAGAGUUCGGACUAUAUCUUGAGAAAUAUCUCAAGAUGUAUCAACCUCAGGCUCCACUGGGCAUAGAAUCUGAUUCUGACAGUAAAAACCUGUUUUACCGGGAAAUGGCUCAAUAUUCAACAUUAGAUGAAGUAGCUCAACCGCGGAAUGAAUUCAUUAUUUCCUGCGAGUUUGAAGGUGUUAAAUGCAAUACAAGUGAACUUAAGCCUUAUAGAGAUGAGUUCUACGGAAGAUGUUAUAAAUUCGAACCUCAGGUGUCAACCAAACAAGCCUCUCCGGGACCACAAGGAGGCCUCACCCUGACACUGAAUGCUGAAAAAGAGGAGUAUAUUCCCUUUAUCACUGGAUCGGCAGGGGUCAUCAUGGAUAUAUCCAAGAAGUCAGCGAACCCUUCCAGCAGAAACCCCAGCAUGAAAAUCACCGGCACCCUGCUGUCGCCACAGACAGAGACGAACAUUGCUUUGAAAAAUGUGGAAUAUAAACGACUUCCUGGGUCCAAAGGGAAGUGCUCCAAGUCAGCCAACAGCAGUGUGGCGGAAUGUAUAGAAUACUGUGUAGGAAUGGCCGCAGCUUUAGCAAGUGGCUGUUCUCACGAGAUUACAUACAUGGAUGCAGCCCCUGCCUGCGAAACUCUAUUGGAAAUGUCACGAAACGAAGUCAUCCGCGUUAAUAUGGAUAUCUCAUACACGUGUGGUUCUUGCAAGAUUCCUUGUCACGAAACAGUUUACGAACAAACCCUUUCGAUGACAAAUUGGCCAAUCGAUACUUACGUCCCGACGCUAAAGAAGCAACUUAAAGAAAAUGGAAUCAAUAUUUCUGCGGAGUUUGAAACGAGCAGUAUGAUGAAGAUCCAUGUAUUUUUCUCCACCUUGUCCACUACAGUCAUCGAAGAAGAAAAAGCAUACACGUUUGGGAACUUCCUGGGCGACAUUGGAGGCCAGCUCGGACUGUGGGCCGGGAUUUCUGUCCUCAGUCUAGCGGAAGUGAUAGAACUACUGAUUCUGAUGGUCGCCGGCUUCAUCACAAGAAAGAACAAGACUGCUGACAAUGCUCAACCCAUCAAAGAAUGAAGUGGUAAUGACGAUUAUUUGUCUUUAUGACACCUCAUACCACCUAAAGUUCAAUAUUUACACUGAGAAUUAAUGGUUUUGAAUAAAUCAAUAAGCUGACAGAGCUCGGCUGUAUUAAAAUCUACGAUAUACAUGUACAUGAUAUGUAUAUGGAAUGAACUGCAUGGUUAAUAUACAUGUUUUAUCAAGAUUCUACAAGGGUGGUAUUCUGUUUCAUUGUUUUUGAUGUAAUUAUUUUGUACAUACAUGUAGCUGUACAAAGUUGUAAUUGCAAUUCAAGUUACAAAACAUAUAUAUGCGUUAUUUAAGAAUGGAAAAUAAGCCAUAUUCAUGUAUGUUGAAAUGAACGUGCAUUUUGAAACAUUAGUGAAUCAAAUCUGAAAGAGGCAUGCAUGGUCAAGAUUUUGGUCAAAUUUUUCUGUUGUAAUUGUUUACAAUACAUUUCUAAUGAUCCACUAAAAUUUUAGUGUCAGUCAAAGAGUUACAAGAGAGAUACAGAACUCACAGUUCUUUGCUAUGUAAACAAGGCUCGUGUCAUGUUUUUGUUACAUUGGUUCAAUAUACCAGUAAAAAUACGGUAGUUCUUAGCGUUUGUCACAUUAUUUUACGUCCAAACCUGGACUUUUUAAAAUGUAAACAACUACAUAAUCUGAGCUUUGUUUACAUAACAAAGAAUAGUGAACUCUCGACGACUGACAUUCAAACUUUGGUUGACAAUUAGAUAUGCCUUACGAAUGCAUCGUUCAAAUUAAAAACGGAAAAAUAAAGUUUGACCCAAAUCAUGACCAUGUCUAUUUAAAUAUGUUAAUUUAUAAAAACAUGUAAAGAUAGAUAUUUUUAUAAAUUAUGUUAGCAUGGAUUUAACGUUCCUGGGAUUAACAUUAUUUUUAAAGAUAUGUUUAAUAUAAUUUCAGAUGUAAGUUAUAUUACAACUUUCAAUUUAAUUUUCUUGUUAAAAACGGUGUUACAAAUGAGACUCGAAACUAUUUAACAUACAUGAAUUGUUAUUUUACAUGUGUUGUAAAUAUACAGCAAAUAUUCUAUACUGUAUACGUAAGACUGUAUAGUUGUAGUUUUUAUGCCAAUCUUAUUAAAAUUAGACAAGUAAAUCCGCUCCUCAACAAUAUAGAAGCUUGUAUAGCAUAUCAUCGUAGUUGAGUUGUUAUUCCUUACAAGUAUUUGACGACAAUUUUUGAUUUAAAACAUUUUUGGAAUAACUUAUGUCCUGCAAUUUUGCAUUAUUAUAAUGAAUUUUAUCUAAUACAUUUGUUCUGUGUACAAUUAAGAUAUGCAAUGUUCAUUUUAAUAUAUAAUUCAUUACCAUUUUUAUCCCUUCCUAAAAUGUAUGUUUUUAUACUAACAAUUCUUUGUUACUUUGACAUUAUUUUUUCUAAAAUGUUUAUUGCUAUAAUGACUUACAAGUAUUUUGUUGAAAAGUACUUUAUAAUACAUAUACUGUGUUUAUUCAGAAUUUCAAUUAAAACUUAUUUACUCUAGUG